AUGGCGAGGGGAGAAAAAACACAAGAAUGGGUAACAACAUUAAUGAGUACUGAGUUCGUUAAUUCUUGUUCUAAUCACCGAGAAUUGAAAUACAAUGGGAGGAACUAUUUCUGUAUUGAUUGUAAGAUGAGUCUUUGUCUACAUUGUUUGAAUUCAUCACCACAUCGUCUUCACAAAUCUCUUCGGAUUCGCCGAAACACUUUCAGAAAAGUUGUUCGUCUUGGCGACAUCAAAAAUUUCUUUGAUUGUUCACAAAUUCAGACAUAUGCCUGCAACGGUGCAAAAGCUAUUCAUCUGAAUUCAUGGCCUUCAAAAUCUUCAAAAAACAGGAUCGGUCAACUAUACGAGACAUAUGCCUGCAAUGGUGCAAAAGCUACUCAUCUGAAUUCCUGGCUUUCAAGAUUUUCAAAAGAUGAUCCGCUAUGCGAGGUUUGCAAACGGGUCCUCAUACCCUACAGUAACAGUACUUCCUGUUCCAUUGCAUGUCAGGUGUCAGUGAAUUCUGAUGAAGAAAGCAGUCCUACAGUUCGAACACCAAAGUCGUGUCAAAACGAGCAUGUGGCAAUGAGGACUUCUACUAAGGCAGCUUCCUUGAACGAGCAUUUGGCAGUGAGCCAUACCUUCAGAACAUCCCAUCGAAAAAGAAAAGGUGUUCCCCGCAGAGCUCCAUUUUUCUAG